AUGGCGCGGCGCCCCCGGGGAGUGCCCGCCGCGGGCCUCGGCCUGCUGCCGGCCCUGCUCCGCGCGGCGGGCGGCGCAGCGGCGUCCGAGGGCGCCGGCCGGGAGGGGGAGAGAGAUGCGGGCCCCCAUGCGUCAACUCAUGCAGCGCUGCCGCCACGGCGUCACCUGGGAGACGAGAGGAUGUGCCAGGAAGGCCGGCCAGAUUUGUGCCGAGACCGUCUCCGAGAUUGCUCGAUUUCGAGUCCUUUCGAAGCUUGUUCUUGUGAGGACGGUUACGGUGCCCAGGACAUCAAGUGCGUUGCGGACAGCCUCGGGUACAGUUGUGAAUAUACUUGUUGCCUUGCCCAGGUCGGCUUCGAGUGUGGACCCUUCUCUCGGGAGAAUUUGCACCUCCUUGCAAUCAUUGGUCUCUCGGGCAUUGCCCUUGGCACUGGCGGGGUCUUAAUGACCACAGUGUGGGCUGCUGCCGGUCGGAGAUCAAGGGCUGUAUGGCUCAGCCCAGACGACCGUGCUGUUGAAUCAGCGCCCGUAGUGCGAGACGGCGCCAGCUUGCACCGCGAAGUGCCAAUGGAGCGGUGGUGCGUGACCAAGGCGGAUCUGAAGCAGCUUAGGCGACUCGUUUGGCAUGCAGUUCAAAAGCAUCGGAUCGUACCCACAGAGCAUGACCCCUUCGACGCAAGCGAUGACAGGAUCGGCCCGUCCGUCUACACUGUCAACGACCAGUACAUAAAGCCCGUUACGCUUGCAGCGGGAAAGGCAAGCUGGGCUUUGAUGCGCCAUCCUGAAGGUCUACCAUGCCAUAUGUUUAUCACACAUGGGUGGCAAGAGGGUGUGUUCGAAUUGUGUGACAAAGUAUUACGGUCUUGGCCUGUGGGGCUCAAGCACGCGUACUUAUGCGUGCUGUCCAACCCCCAGAACCUGGACAUAUCUGCUCUUAUCUCUACCCCGAUGGAGUCCCCCUUUGCCAAAGCCUUGGCGUCCGCGACGCACAUGUUGGCGGUCCCGAAUCGGGUCAACAGCAUCUAUUCGAGGAUCUGGUGUGCUUACGAGGCCUUUCUUGCAUACUCGUGGCGCAAAGACAUUAGCACUGCCCGGUCCCCAGUGCCAGGCUUCUGGCCCCGCGUUGUGAGGAUGGGCUUUCUAUCCCUAUCAGGGGCAGGCGCAAUGUGCACCCUCAUCGCUCAUUUCAGAUUUUUGACGGCGGCGUUUCCUGUAGAUGUGUUUCAGUUGUUGUCCCAAGCAUUGGUUUGUGCUCUGGGGUUGGGAUACGUGGUCCUUCGGAAGAGCUCCGCCGACUCAAUCUCUCUUCGCAUUGUCCUCCGAAUGCUCGGAUUCGCUUGUGGUGCCGUGGGCGCAGCUAACGUCGUGAAUCGUCCCCAUCAUCUAACAUCUUGGUUUUUCUUCGUUGCGGUGACCCUGUGUCCGACCACGCUUGAGGCUGACAGACUGUGGGCAUCAGCAGCGGCCGUCACAGCUUGGCAAUUACAGAACGGUUUCACGGGCCAACUCCGAGACGCCAGGUGUUCGGUCCAGGCAGAUGGGGAACGCAUCCGGAACGAGCUCGCAUCGAGCUUUGUCGGGGACGGUACGAACAGCACUGGCUAUAUGCGUCUCGUUGACAAGAACGUGGCAGACAUAAUACGCAUGGGCAUGGUGUCGGCACAUCUGCGCCAAGCCGAAGAAUUGGCCGGGCCUCUGGGCGACGUGAGCAUUUGUGGCGUCGGCCCCACAUCAAUCGGGUUGAUCUACUUGUCAAUGACAGCUCAACAACUCGAAGGCGGGGGGUGCGGCGGGCAUACCUCUUUAGAGAUAUGGUUCAUACUCUUGCAAGGCCUAUGCUGGACAAUCAUCUUGGCACGCUCGCCACCAGAUCGCGUAGCCUUCGCGACAGGCACACUUACAUUUCUCGUACCGCCAAUGGCCAUGGGGAUUGUCGAAUACGGGCUGACAGAUAAUUUUUGCGCCACCAACUACUUAACAGCUGUGUUCGUUGGCCCUUUGAUUGUCAUGCUGUCCGCUGCCGGGCCGGGACGCGUUGCGCGGGUGCCCGUGUUUGGGCCUCUUCUGGUGCGCGCGACCUUUGGGUUCCAGCUGUGCGGUCAGCGGCAUGGGGACUUGGAGGACGCCACUUCGUAA